AUGUCUCCCUUUCUCACACGAACACACAUACACACACACGGCCACAUCCAUGCAGCUCAGUGUCGUUAUGCCCUGGGGAUGGAGGAUGGCACCAUCCCUGACUCUGACAUCACGGCUUCCAGUGCCUGGUCAGACUCUACUGAGGCCAAACACGGCAGGUUGAGUACAGGAGAGGGGGACGGUGCGUGGUGUCCUGCAGGAGCAGUGUUCCCCAGUGCUUCAGAGUACCUCCAGGUGGACCUGCGCUCGCUGCACUUCCUGGCUCUGGUGGGUACCCAGGGUCGCCAUGCCGACGGGCACGGCCAGGAGUUUGCCCGCAGCUACCGGCUCCGUUACUCCCGAGACGGACGCACCUGGAUCACCUGGAAGGACCGCUGGGGGCAGGAGGUGGUGUCUGGGAAUGAGAACACCUAUGAUGUGGUUCUGAAGGACCUGGGUCCACCCAUUGUUGCCCGUUAUGUCCGCUUCUACCCCCUGGCAGACCGGGUCAUGAGCGUCUGUCUACGAGUGGAGCUCUAUGGCUGUCUGUGGAACGAUGGCCUGUUGGUGUACACAGCUCCAGUGGGUCAUGUGAUGCACCUGUCUGGCUCACCUGUGUACCUCAACGAUUCCACCUACGAUGGCAGCAUAGAGUCAGGGGUUCAGUUCGGAGGCCUGGGCCAGCUGUUUGACGGUGUGUUAGGAGGGGAUGACUUCACAGAGACCAAGGAGCUGAGGGUGUGGCCGGGGUAUGACUACCUGGGCUGGAGCAGAGAGGCUCUGGGGCAGGGCAGCGUUGACAUCGAGUUCCACUUCGAAAAGACACGCAGCUUCCACACCAUGCAGGUCCACAGUAACAACCGUCACACCCAGGAUGUGAGGGUGUUCAGUAAGGUAGAGUGUCAGUUUAAACCUGGCCUCUUACUCCCCUGGUCCUCGCCCCCCCUCUCCCUGGCUGUACCCCUGGAGGACCUGAAGGACCCCUCCUCACGCCCCAUCUCCCUGCCCCUGGGGGGUCGCCCCGCCCAGAUCUUACGCUGCCAGUUUUCCUUCGCAGACCGAUGGAUGCUCAUCUCUGAGAUCUCCUUCUACUCCGAGCCGUAUGGGGAGGGUGUCGACCCCAUGGACACGGGCUCUGCUCUUCCUGCUCCUCCGGUCUCCUUCGCUACUCCUCCUCCUCCUCCUGUCUUCCCCUCCUCCGUCAGCCCCGCCCUCAACCACAACUCCUCCAACUUCACUAGCGUUCCCUCAGACUUCGAUGCUGUGACCCCAGGGGCGGGCCUUCCUGUCGCCAAGGACGACAGCAGCAACACAGCCAUCCUGAUUGGCUGCCUGGUGGGCAUCAUCCUGCUGCUAUUGACUGUGAUCGCUGUCAUUCUGUGGAGGCAAUACUGGAAGAAGAUACUGGGCAAGGCCCAGGGCACUCUGUCCAGUGACGAGUUGCGUGUCCAUCUGUCCGUCCCCUCGGACAACGUGGUGAUCAACAACACACACAGCUACUCCAGCCGCUACCAGCGUAUACACACAUUCCCUGACGACAGGGAGCGCUGCGACGGAGAGGGAGAGUACCAGGAGCCCAGCGCACUGCUCCGACCACUAGACCACACCGGACGAGACAGCACCGGACGAGACAGCACCGCCUUGCUGUUAAACAACCCAGCCUAUGACCUCCUCCUGUCAGAUCAGAGGCAGCAUGGCUCAGGCUCCUCGUGGCCCCUAACCGUCCCUAUGGCCAGGGCCAGCUCCUCCCACCCUCAGGAGAAGAGCCUCAAUAAUGGGGCCCAGGCCUGUGGUAUGGACUUGGAGAAGGGCUUGCCCCCCACCCAGGAGGAGCCUCCCCCGUACCCCGAUGCCCCUCCCUACCCGGCCCUGUCUCCCCCCUUCCCCGCCAGCGUGCCCCACUAUGCAGAGGCGGACAUUGUUAGCCUGCAGGGCGUCAGUGGUAACAACACGUAUGCAGUGCCAGCCCUGACCUCCCCCAGCCCCACUGCAGCAGACUGCACCCCCCUGCCUGAACUGCCCCGACACUGUCUGGUCUUCAAGGAGAAACUGGGAGAAGGACAGUUUGGAGAGGUGUGCACCUGUGUGAAUAGAGAGCCUCAGGACCUGCCUAACCUGGAGUUCCCUUUCAACGUGAGGAAAGGCCGCCCUCUGCUGGUGGCUGUUAAGAUACUGCGCCCUGACGCCUCCAAGAACGCCAGGAAUGACUUCCUAAAGGAGGGGAAGAUUCUGUCUCGUCUGAAGGACCCCAACAUCAUCCGUCUGUUGGGAGUGUGUGUGAGCAGCGACCCUCUCUGUAUGGUCACAGAGUACAUGGAGAGUGGAGACCUCAACCAGUACCUCUCACACAGAGUCCUGCUGGACAAGACCGGACCCACACACAACACCCCCACCAUCAGUUACCCUGCUCUGAUCGCCAUGGCCAGUCAGAUAGCUUCAGGGAUGAAGUUUCUGUCGUCUCUGAACUUCGUGCACCGUGACCUGGCCACAAGAAACUGCCUGGUGGGGGGUGAGAAGGGUGAGAGCGGGGCCGACCGGGGCGGGGAGCAACCCAUCAAGAUCGCCGACUUUGGGAUGAGCAGAAACCUGUACGCUGGAGACUACUACCGCAUCCAGGGGCGGGCCGUGCUGCCUAUACGAUGGAUGGCCUGGGAGUGUAUUCUGAUGGGGAAGUUCACCACAGCCAGUGACGUGUGGGCGUUUGGUGUGACUCUGUGGGAGAUGCUGAGUGUGUGUCAGGAGCAACCUUACUCCAAUCUGACUGAUGAACAGGUCAUAGACAAUGCCGGAGAGUUCUUCAGGGACCACGGAAGACAGGUGUAUCUGAGCAGACCAGAUGUGUGUCCUCAGGGUCUCUAUGACCUCAUGCUGAGCUGCUGGAACCGGGACUGCAAGCUCCGCCCCUCAUUUGCCCACAUUCACUCCUUCCUCACAGAGGAUGCCAUGAACAUGGUAUGAGAGAGAGGGAUGAGAGACGGCUCCUCCAACCUUCAUUCCGCCAUUCAUCAGAGAUGAGUGCUUUGAGCGAGGGAUGUGUAGAAGUGGUGGAGGUGUAGAGGGACGGGUGCCUGCUUGUAUAUUUUGUAUUUCUCUAUGAUGGGCGGAUGGGGCUGAGACACCGCUGGUUCGGUUUUCACUCCCACGAGACAGACCCCAACCCAAACCCCUUUACCCCCCCUGAGUAGUCUCUAGAGUGUCUUGAUAAGAAUGUAACACAAUACAAUGGUUGGUGCGGUGGUGGGUUGGUGUCUGAUUCUGCAUAGUACUUACAAGACCACCAAUGGUCCGUCAAUGGUCUGCUAGCUAACACAGGGAAGCUGUAAGACAUGUAUGGGGAGGUGAUGUGACAAUGCUUGGUAAUGUAGAUGAAGCUAAAAUGAAUUUGUAACGCUGAUUUAACGUUUCUCAAAGAAUAUCAACAAUGCCAAUCUGAUUAUGUAUCAAUGUCAGACUUUAAUACUCUGAAAUGUGAUUAUAGUUUAAUAGCAUAUUAACAUUUUGGGAUAAACUUAAUAACACAUCAUCCUAUAUAGAUAUUUUAUUACUUGACCUGCUAAUGUUUUUGGUAUUGUAUAAAUCAUGUGCUAGGGUUACUGGUGAAGGUCUAUAUAUAUUCUCAUACUGCCAACAUUUCUCCAUCUCAAAACGGUACACACACAUUUUUCACAGAGGUGAAAUUGCACAUAAGGUUCUGUCUUAGUACCAUAUAUAAAACGAGUAUGUCCCAGUAUGUUUCACUAGUUUUCAGUAUAUAACCCAGUUCUUCCCAGACCCUUAUUCCCAGCCCCAAACCCUCCAUCCCAGACCCCAGUCUAAGAUUGUCUCUAGUCUCAUAGAACCAGACGAGUGUGGCUGAAUAUUGCAUUAUAUUCCUCUGGCCUACCCGUUACGCCUGAGCUUUAAAGUCUGGCAAGCAGAAUGAUGGUGUCUCAUACACAGGCCAGUAGCAGACACAGCAACAGGUGUUCCACCAGCAGUCUGUAACACCAGGCAUUAGACAGACACACACACAAUGCUGUCAGUCAGUCAGUCAGCUGCUCAGCCCAGACUAGGCUGGCGUUGUGAAUAUAUUCUGCCUCCCUCUCCACCCAACUCAGUAUCUCACCACUCCGUAAGCCUUUCAUUCUGCAGUCUCACUCAUAUCUCUCAACUGUUCCACUCUGAGCUGUAACGAUGGAGUUAUACUGGACUGAUGUGAACUGAUCUGGACUCGAGGACUCUUUCCAGGACAGGAAGUGUGUGGUUGUUACUCUACCAGACCUCCAAACUGAAACCCUUUGGCCCUCCGGAGCCAGAGAGAACUGACUGGUGUCACGUGACGUGAGCCUCACUGACUGAGAGAACAGGUACAGUAGGGGAGGUGCACUGUGAAUGGCUACAACCAAUGAGAUUUGAACUUAACAGAAGAGACAUCCUUCCUGAUGGGAGCUGGAAUAGUACAGCCCACAGCAACACACACUGAAAGACAGACAACACUGCCUGUGCUGUGACAUCACAUGUGAAACUGACAGUUGUGAUUGGUGACUAGCUGAUGGAACAGCAUAACAUGGAUGGACAGAUGGAUUGAUGACUAGAGGGGAGUGGGGGCUGAUAUAUGUAAAUGACCAUUUUCAUGUGUAAGUGAGGUGAGCGAUGUGAUGAUUUUCUACCAGCGAUGGAUAGCGGAGCUGGGUCUGACUCAGUGACCCAGAUGCAGAAAGGAGGUUCAUGUAUAUGUCCAAUACACUACCAGCUGCACUUUAAAGGCUGUUUCUGGCCGCACGCCCCAAUACCUGCACUAGAAUAGUAGAGUCUUGGCCAGUCUUGGGGCGUAGUUACAGUUGGCCAGUCUUGGGGCGUAGUUACAGUACUUGUAGUUUAACAACUAAUUAACGACACUUUCAGAGUAGCUCCCCCAACACUGGUAUGUAUCAUGUUAGUAUGCUAGUGUGGAUGUUGGAGCGUACAGACGGUCUGUAUCCCCUCGGCGUUAGAACCGAUAGCAGUCCAACAUGGCAUUGCUGGUCAAAAGAGAUGUAGUUCUAAACAGAAAAACAGGUCAGUGUCUUGUGAUUUAUCUACUUAAAGUUGAUCAUUUAUUCAUGAUUCAUUUCAGUGGAUUGUUGUUCAAAUAGAACUGCCUCAUAAAAGGUGUUCUCAAGGAGGAAAAUAAAGGUUUGGAAAACGUCUAUCUACAUUCUGAGGAAAGGUAGAGUACACCAAAUGCUCAUCCCCAAACUUUCUGCCAGUGUUACAUAGAUUCCCAGCAAUAGGGAAACGAUCAGACCUAAUGGUUAAAACGUCAAAAUCACAACAAAUUUAAAUCUCAUGAGAAGAGGAGCACUAACAACUGUAUCCAAAGCCUUUUAGUUUGUCAGUAACCUUUCAUCUACAUUAUCCCAACAUAAGCUGCCAUGGUGGACUCUGCCUUACUGAUUGUAGUUCUGUAUAAUGUGUCAGGCUUAAUCAAGAUGAUCAAAUAAUCCUUGUUUACUGAUUGAAUGAGUGUGAAUGGUGGUGCCAUACGAAUACAGUAUGUGUCUCGAUUGACCUUUUUUGAUACACUGUAGCCCAACUAAACCCAUAUUUGUAUAUAUUUCCUGUAUAUGUACUUAGAAUCUCCUUGUUGUCAGUGAUGUCAUCCUUUGUCUUAGAAUAUGUACACAUCAUCAGGUUCAUCUUCAAAGUACAGAAUUUUUAUUUUGUUGACUAAUAUAUGGAAUUUCUUUGUUAGUUGGGGUCUCUUCUUUUUGUUCCUUUGUAGAAAGCUUGCUACCUUACCUUGAUGCCAUUGUAAUUCAUUGUGUUGUCUAUUUUUGUAGUUUUAAUAAAGUUAACCUUUCCA